AAGGUACACUUCCAAUGUCAAAUUCAUUCUUGUAUUUGUGUUGUCUUGACAGUUAGGUUAAGUCUACUCCUUUCUCAAAUAAUAUUAUAAUUAUAACAUCUUCUUAUAGUGUGGAAUUGCUCGUGAAUUAUUGCAUAGCAUAAUCCAGAAAUCAAGUCCGUACAGAAGAUGGAGGAUGAGAAGAAGCGCUUCAUUGAACGCGGCUCCCAUAAAGGGAAAGGCAUCGCCGUCUUCACCAGUGGUGGAGACUCUCAAGGUAUGAACGCAGCUGUACGAGCCGUAGUUCGUAUGGGAAUGUAUCUGGGAUGUAAGGUAUUCUUCAUCAAAGAGGGUUAUCAAGGCAUGGUGGAUGGCUGCGAAAACAUUGUCGAAGCAUCAUGGGCUUCAGUCUCUUCAAUAAUACAUAAGGGAGGAACACUGAUUGGCUCUGCCAGAUGCGCAGAAUUCAGGGAGCAGGCGGGGCGGCUGAAGGCAGCCAGGAAUUUGGUGGAGAAGGGAAUCACCAACUUGGUUGUGAUUGGCGGAGACGGCUCUCUCACCGGAGCCAAUCUAUUCAAGCAGGAAUGGCCCGAAUUGCUACAGAUUCUCUUGAAACAAGGAAAAAUCACGCAGGAGCAGGCUGAUAAAUGCAAAUAUCUAUAUAUUGCCGGACUAGUAGGAUCCAUAGACAACGACUUUUGUGGAACUGACAUGACAAUCGGCACGGACUCGGCUCUGCAUCGGAUUAUUGAGGCCAUUGAUGCCAUUGUGUCGACUGCCUACUCUCAUCAACGCACGUUCAUCAUGGAAGUCAUGGGAAGACAUUGCGGGUAUCUAGCCCUAGUGGCGGCCAAUGCCACAGAAGCCGAUUUCUUGUUCAUUCCCGAGGAUCCGGAGCCUCACGACUGGGAGGACUUGAUGUGCCGUAAGCUGGAAAUGGAACGUAGUGCUGGCCAGAGGUUGAACAUAAUCAUCAUAGCGGAGGGAGCCAUUGACAGGAACGGCCAGCCGAUCACCUCGGAGAAGGUGAAGCAGGUGGUGGUCGAUCGACUCAAGCAGGACACUCGCAUCACUGUGCUCGGUCAUGUCCAGAGGGGAGGCAACCCUUCUGCUUUCGACCGAUUGUUGGGUUGUCGUAUGGGUGCGGAAGCAGUGAUGGCGCUGAUGGAAGCGACGCCUGAAACCGAGGCGUGUGUCAUCUCACUGGACGGAAACCAGGCGGUGCGACUGCCGCUUAUGGAGUGUGUCAAGAGAACUCAGGCUGUCGCCAAGGCCAUGGCUGACAAAGAAUUUGAGUUGGCUGUCAAACUUAGAGGAAGGAGUUUUGUGAGGAAUUUGGAGACUUAUAAAAUGUUGUUGUGUUUGAAGGUCCCUCAUAAAGUAGCUGUGAUGCACAUUGGUGCUCCGGCGUGUGGAAUGAACGCCGCUGUCAGAUCGUUCGUCCGCAACUGCAUCUAUCGAGGAGACACUGUCUAUGGCAUACAUGACGGCAUCGAAGGAUUGAUCGCUGGCAAUAUCACGCCAAUGAAGUGGUCUGACGUGACAGGGUGGGUGGCGCAAGGGGGGGCGAUGCUGGGAACGAAGCGCACCCUGGCCACCAACAAACUGCCUCAGAUCGCCGCCCGCCUCAGGGAGUUCCAAAUCCAAGCCAUCCUCAUCAUCGGGGGCUUCGAGGCAUAUCAAGCUGGGCUCCAAUUCUACGAAAACCGUGCCGAAUUUCCCGAAUUUUGUAUUCCACUGUGUGUGAUUCCUUCCACCAUAAGUAAUAAUGUUCCUGGUACUGAAUUCUCUCUUGGCUGUGAUACUGCUGUCAAUGAAAUUACUGAGAUUUGUGAUAGAAUCCGUCAAUCAGCUCAGGGAACAAAGAGGCGUGUAUUCGUUAUUGAAACAAUGGGUGGAUAUUGUGGCUACCUUGCUACUAUUGCUGGUCUAGCGGGAGGCGCAGAUGCUGCAUACAUCUUUGAGGAAAAGUUCUCAAUCAAGGACUUGCAACAGGAUGUCUAUCACAUGGCGGCUAAAAUGUCUGAGGGAGUGCAGAGAGGUCUCAUUUUGAGGAAUGAGAAAUGCAACGAGAACUAUAACACCGAAUUUAUCUACCGUCUGUACUCUGAAGAAGGAAAAGGAUUGUUCAGUGCCCGCAUGAAUGUCUUGGGUCACAUGCAGCAGGGAGGAUCCCCGUCGCCUUUCGACCGGAACAUGGGCACCAAGAUGGCGGCCAAGUGUGUGGAGUGGAUGUUCGAUCAGCUGAAGCUGUUCACGCGCGCUGAUGGUCACGUGUUCGCCGACACGCCCGACUCGGCCGUUCUGCUCGGCGUCAAGCGACGUGCCUACACGCUCACGCCGCUCGGCGAGCUCAAGAAGGAGACCAACUUCGAUCAAAGAAUUCCAACUCAACAAUGGUGGUUGAAGCUUCGUCCUCUGCUCCGUAUUCUUGCGAAACAUGAGAGCACCUACGAAGAGGAAGGAAUGUACAUGCAUGUUGAAGAUCAAGAAUCUGAUCCACUAGUAGUCUAAAUCUCAAUAAUUAUAUUCAAUUUAUUUAUACACUAAAUAAUAUUGUUGUUGAUAAUCAUCCUAAUUAGUUGCUUGUUAAGUAGCACUGUUAUCAAAUCGUACAAAUAGGUAUUCGUAGAGCUACUACCUAAACAAGUGAUUAUUUUCGUUUUGUUUGAAAUAUUUUAUUUUUAUAUGAAAUGAUUUUCCUUGCUGUUACUUAUCUAUUUUGUUUAUGAAAUCUCGUUCUCAAUAUUUAUAUGUUUAUUCUGAUCAUGUUCAUCUUAUCACGGAAUUAAAAUUCACCAUCGCAUGCAUUGUAGAAAUUGUAGACUGCAUCUAAUAAAAAUUAUCAUUCAUAACUAUAUUAUUGUAUAACUCUUCACUUUUAUCUAAAUCGUAUCUUAAAAUAUCUCCUAUUUCUAAAAUGAUAUUCUUACUUUGUCAAUAAGAAAAUAAAUAAAUUGGAGUACAAA